CGAUCUCUACAUGAGGUCAUGAGUUGUCACGUGUCUGCUCGCUUGUACGAUUUUCUUAAAAAAAAAAAAAUUUGCUCGACCACAUCAAUGUCGAGUAUGUAAUUAUUUCGUGUUAUUCUUUUUUUCGUGUAUGUGAAUCCUAUGUGCAUACAGUAGCAGUUUCAUCAGUUCUGAAUAUCAAGACGAGCCAGUAGGAGAGAAUUGCCAAUAAGAUAAGAUUGAUUUCCUCUUUGAUUUAAUUUUCCCCACUAUUUCAUGUGUAAAGGAAGUUGUCAUUGUACCAGGGAAACUUGUAAUUAGAAGUUGUUCAAAUUCUGGAAUCAAUUGUGUGACUUGUGUGUUGUGUCACACCUUCCAGUGUGACUCUAAUUAGACACUUAUACUGAAGUAAUACUAUCUAGGCAUGUUUAAUAACUUGAGACUAUGUAAGACUUGUUACUGCACGUAAUUUGUUUGGAUCUUUACAAGUUACAUCCAGAUACUGGAAGACGGGGGAUUGCCACUGGGACCACCAACUUGCUCUGUAAUCUGGGCCCACCUUUUCCACAAAAACAACUCAUCAUUGGCCAGCAAACAAGAACGAAAUAUAGAGAAAUUACGCGUAAAACGCAAUGGGUCUCGGUUUCCUAGAGUCGCCAGAAAUUGGUACCCAACAAUCGCCAAGAUGUCUCACUUCGACGAUGAGAAAUUUAAGCAGCUACAGCUGAAAGUCAAGUUUAACGUCAUUCCGAAAACUAGGCUGAAAAAAUUCGGCAAACUUUUUGAUGGUUAUCCAACUGGGCUGGUUAAGAGCGAACCGGGUGGGUUCGUCAUGCCACCCACGUACGGAGAAAAUGCUGAAAAAAUUUACCGGAUGAAGCCGAGAACUGACGAUGUUUGGUUGCUCACGUUCCCUAAAUGCGGGACCACUUGGACGUCCGAGUUGCUAUGGUUACUUGAAAAUGAUUGCAAUUUUGAAACAGCCGCCAAAAUUCAACUUCAUAGCCGGGCUCCUUUCUUAGAAAUGCCUUACUUGAGUGCGAUGUCUGGACCAAUGAAAAAUUUCCUCAUUACGGUGGACAAGGUGGAAAAGCUUCCGUCUCCGAGAGUCAUACGACCUCAUUUGCCGUUUUAUUUGCUGCCUCCUGAGCUUCUCGACACAACCAAGGUAGUUUACGUGGCUCGCAAUCCAAAAGACGUAAUCGUUUCAUACUACUUUCAUCACAAAUUGAUCAAAGUGCACGGUUAUACCGGUACUGUAAAAGACAGAAAGGAAACUAGAACAGUGGUACAUUACCUGCCAAAGACUUUAGACGUGAUCGCAAAUAUGUCUCGCUUUGACGAAGAGAAUUUCAAGAAGCUUCAGCUUAACGUCAACUUUGACGUUAUUCCCAAGACAAGAUUGAAGAAAUUCAAUCAGCAUUUUAAAGGUUACACUACGGGACUGGUUCGAAGUGAGCCGGGAAAGUUUGUCUUUUUUCCAUUGUACGCCAAUCACGCAGACAGACUUUACCGGAUGCAGCCGAGAACUGAUGACGUCUGGCUACUUACGUUCCCCAAAUGCGGUACAACUUGGACUUCUGAACUGUUGUGGCUAUUGAUGAACAAUUGCGACACGGAGAAAGCCACUUCAACCAAUUUGUUUCUUCGUGCUUCUUUUAUAGAUGGGCCAUUUCUUUCCUCAGAGCUUGAACUAUCACCUUUAGGAAAUCAAAUGCUGAAUUCUGUCAACAAGAUGGCGUCUCCACGGAUUUUAAAAAGUCAUAUGCCAUUUUAUUUGCUUCAUCCCAAAUUACUCGAUACCUCUAAAGUGGUUUACGUCGCCCGAAACCCCAAAGAUGCCAUCGUCUCGUUUUAUCACCACCACAAAUUGAUGAAAUUUCAAGACUACCAAGGAACCUUGGAAGAAUUCGCCCAGUAUUUCAUGGAUGACGAAAUUUUGUAUUCGCCGUUUUUCCCGCAUAUGCUUGACGCCUGGUCCAAGCGCAAUCACCCGAAUAUGCAUUUCAUGUUCUUCGAAGACAUGAAAAAGGAUUUACGAGGCGAGAUCGUCAAAGUGGCCGCGUUCCUCAAUCAAUCGCCAACUGAUGAGCAACUGGACAAGAUAACGGAGCAUUUGCGGUUCGACAAUUUCGAGAAGAACGAAUCAGUCAACAACGAGGCCGGCAAGAAACAGGGUUGGAUGAAUCCUGACGGCAAGUUUAUCCGCAAAGGUAAAACGGGUGACUGGAAAAAUCACUUCAGUCCGGAGUUAAACAGCCGAAUCGACGAGUGGAUCGAGAAAAACUUGGCCGGCUCUGAUUUGAAGUUCGUUACAGAACUGGAGCAUCAAGAUUAAGAUAAGCAUAAAUCGAUUCAGGUUGAUAAGCCAUUCCAGGUUUAACGCCUUUGCUAUAGUUAUAUAACAUCACGCAAUUAUGAUGUGGCAUUUGAUUUCAUAAGACAUAGUAGGCCUACUUGUAUACUUACUUCUACAAUUCCGAUUAUUAGAAUAAAUCUUCCCAUAAUCUUGUGA